AUGAAGAUUCAGAAGAAUGCUGUGAAUGUGCUGGAACGCACCUCUGCGUAUUUGAGAGCUGGGCUAUUGACUAAACAACCUGCCUGGUAUAACGUUGUUGCUUCAGUUCCACCUCUGAAAAAAUUUGAACGAGUCCCUAAAUUAACCAAUCCUUCUAAUGAUAGGAUCAAUGGACAGCUGCAUAGUCUGGAUUCAUCAGCUGGUAAUAAUGGUAUGUUUAAAACUAGGUACACUGCAAAAGACAGAUCAAAUGCUAGUAAACAACUGUACUCAGCUUCAAAAUUGACUUAUAUAGAAGAUCAAUUGAGAGAAAUCUUUUAUAAGCAACAUCCUUGGGAACUAUCCAGACCAAAGAUUUUGAUUGAAAAUAAUGGUGAUGAAAAGUAUGAUUGGUCUCACAUGCAGCAGAUCGGUAAACCAUUGGAUGGUGAAAGUGUCGUUCAAAGAACCUUGUAUCUAAUGAAGAAUAAAGAAGCUCCAUCUUUGGUUCUGGCUUACGACAUGGCUAGAUAUGAGUUUUAUCGUUUGAGAAUGCAACAGCACAUCGAGGAACAAGUAGCUCAAGAAGAAGCAGAAAUGUUCGGUUCAGUAUUUGGCCCAUCUGCCAUUGAAUAUGGUAUUCAAAAGGAACAAAAGGUUAUUGACACAUGGAAAAGGAAAGCUAUUAUACAAACUGAAAUUAUGGCAGCAAGACGUAUUAACCCAUCGGAAUCAUGGGCUACAGAUGAAAAAGAUCCUAAAAAGAACGACGAUAUUGAGGAAGAUGUUGAAGAAAUUAAAUUAUGA